CAAAAUCAAAUGUGCAGCAGGGAUUCGCAGACUGUCACCGCGCAGUCCGCAUUUGCCCUUCCUCCCGUGCCGAGCGAAAUGGGAAUGAGAGGGUAGUUCGAGAAGCGAUUGAGGGGGUGUUUAGGGUAUUUCGUUGCUUCCAUAACCCCUUCUUAAGCCCUUCGAGCCAAAGGUGUUUCCAAGUCGUUCGCCGUCGCCUCUGCUUCUCGUGUUCAUUUCGAUGGCAAGGCGUCUGAUUCCUUCCCUAAACCGUGUUCUCGUGGAGAAGAUCGUCCCUCCCUCCAAGAACAGCUCCGGGAUACUUCUGCCGGAGAAGACGAACCAGUUAAACUCUGGAAAAGUUAUAGCAGUAGGCGCUGGAGCACGUGAUAGGGAUGGGAAACUUAUCCCAGUUACCGUGAAGGAAGGUGAUACUGUUCUACUGCCCGAAUAUGGAGGGACUGAGGUUAAGCUUGGUGAUAAAGAGUUUCACCUCUACCCAGAGGACGACAUUCUUGGGACCCUUCAUGAUUGAUUUCCAAGUAGAUAAAGUAUAUCACUUGUCUCGGAAUGCUUUUACAAUUGUGGCGGAGAUGUAAUGAGAGUUGAACUCGUGUACUUCGUGUAUCCUUUUUGGAGCACUGAAACUUUUAUAAUUUAAAUGCAGGAUUUUGUUUCUUUUCCGCUAA